GCGGUGGUGGGGCGGCCGGCUUUAAAAACUCGAGUUUCCCGAUAGCGAGGGAUCAGUCGAUCGCUCGCCUUCGGCCUCCAGUUGAACGUUUCUCUCGCGCAGCAGAGCAGAACAGCCAGUAGAGGAUGCCGGGCCAACUCGAGGAAGUCAGCGUCAGCAGCAAGAGGGCGACCUUCGGCAUGGGCUGCUUCUGGGCCGGGGAUUCGCUGUUCGGGGCGUGUCCCGGUGUCAUCCGCACGAGCGUCGGCUACGCCGGCGGCACCAAGGACAACCCGGCCUACAGGAGCCUGGGCGACCACACCGAGGUCAUCCACAUGGAGUACGACCCCGAGGUGAUCUCGUACUCGCAGCUGCUCGACUUGUUCUGGAACAACCACGAGUACGGCCUGACGACGAACAUCAAGAGACAGUACAUGUCGCUGAUCCUCUACCACGACGAGGAGCAGAGGCUGGCCGCCGAGAAGUCGCGCGACCACCAGCAGCGCGAGAGGAACGAAAAGUUCGUCACCGAGAUCAGCCCCUUCAACAAGUUCUACCCGGCCGAGGACUACCACCAGAAGUACCGGCUGCAGGACCACCCUUGGCUGCUGGAGAACAUCGGCGUGAAGAGCAGCGAGCACCUGCGCAGCUCGGCGCUCGCGGCCAAGCUGAACGGCUACCUGGCCGGUGCCGUCAGCCUCGAGGAGUACGAGCGCGAGGCACCGGCCCUCGGGCUCAGCGACAAGGCCAUCCAGUACGUGCGAAAGUACGUGAUCGAGAGACAGGGCAACGGGCUCUACUGCUAGCUUCUCUCAUCGCGGCCAUCGUGCCGUACGAGGCACACGGACAAUCUGCUCGCGCGCGCGCGCACCGAGGCGCAGUAUCCGACGGGAUCAGCUGCUGCCGGAAUUAUGUUAUCCGAUCUCUUUCUCGGCCGCCUUUCCCUGCCUGACGAUCUGCGAUAUUGUUUAGAUGUAUAGAAAAGAGAACGCGCUUAUAGAUAGACCUGUAGAUUUAAGUUGCGCUGCAUUUGUAUAAUAUCUCACUCGAAUAAAUUCAUUUUUAUUGUAAUUAAGUUUGUCACGGAGCAUAAUAAAAAGAUGUCAUAAUGUA